AUGCAGCGGAGCGCACGUCGGACAACGGUGACCGUCUGGUCGACUUGUGUGAACAGACGGGCCUCAUCAUCGCCUCCAUGUUUAAAAGGAAUCAUCGACGCCAUCAGCUCACGUGGCAAGGAGCUGUUUGGGACGUUGCGUUCGACUCGUUGCGUUGCGUUGCGUCCAGUUCUUCUCAGCUUCAAGAUACGGUUCCAAGAGAAAAACCGAGGAGUUCGUCUUCAACCGAAAAUCGACACGGCAGGUCUGAAAGACGAAGAAUGCAGAACAAAAUUAUUCUAUUCUAGUCUAUUCAUGUUAGAGUGCGAACCAGGAAGAAGUUUAGCGAUGCGGGUUCCUUCACAAAGUGCAUCCAGGACGCUGCAAGGGAAACACUCCCGGUUCUGUUGCCGCGGAAGAAGUUUGCCUUUGCAUCUGCGGAAACAAAAUCCAGGUACAAUUCUGAGUGUGUCGCGCGCAGUACUGGUGACUUCAACAAGGAAAAGCGUCUUAGAAGGAGGCUGCGUCGUCAACUGUAACAAGACCGCGAUAACGAGUGGACGUCAAGAGCGAUGGAGUUUGAAAAGGCGUGGGAGGACAAGCACUUUGCUGAACCGGCAAACACCGUCAGCUCCUGAACUCGAACACGUUCAUAGGCCGACAUAUGCGGUUAACGAGGAGCCACCGACCGAGUCGGAGGUUCUAGUCUGUAUUCAAAAAAUGAAGAAUGGAAAAUUCGGUGAAGACGACAGGAUAAGCGCAGAAAUGCGGAUGGAUAUGGAUAGACGAAAAGAUACCUGGUUGGUGGAGACACGCUAUCAUAAUUCCCCUCCACAAGACGUUAUCCGUCACGGACUCUAG